GAGGAGGGGCGUCACUGACAGGGGGGUGGGGGGGCGAGCGGGACAAGGGUUGCCGUGGCAACUGUAACCUAACGUAACGUAACGUCCGUUGAUUUAAAAAGCCUCCAGGUACUGUCUGUCGUCGUCCCGUCGAGAAAGAGAAGAUGGAGUUUGAGGCGACGGAGACUGUCCCCACGACACCGAGUCGACACGAGAAAAGUUUGGGUCUCCUCACCAUGAAGUUUGUGAGUCUGCUUCAAGAGGCGAAGGAUGGCGUCCUGGAUCUGAAAGUGGCUGCAGACAGCUUGGCAGUGAGGCAGAAGAGGAGGAUAUACGACAUUACCAACGUACUGGAAGGAGUCGGGUUGAUCGAGAAGAAAAACAAGAACAUAAUCCAGUGGAGGGGAGAGAACUCAGGCAGCCAAACUCAGGAGGUGCUGGAGCAGGUGAAGGUUUUGAAGGCCCAAAUCUCAGAGCUGGAGGCUCAAGAGAAAGAGCUGGACAACCAGAAGGCAUGGCUAGAGGAGAACAUCAAACACCUUAACCACGAUCCCUUCACCAGCACUUAUAGAUUUGUCACACAUGAAGACAUCUGCAAUGCCUUCAGCGGCGGCACUCUUCUUGCUGUAGUGGCUCCUGCUGGGACCCAGCUGGAGGUACCGCUACCUGAAACGGGCCAGAGUGGUCAGAAGAAGUACCAGGUGAACCUCCGCAGCCACUCGGCUCCCAUCCAGGUCAUGCUCAUCAACAGAGAUUCAGACUCCACGAUACCCGUGGUGUUCCCUGUGCCGCCCACUGAUGACAUCUGUCCAAUGCCAAGUCCACCCAGCAUCCCCCCGAGCUUGCAGAGGUUCCCUCUCUCCUCGUCGGUGUGCUCCAACUCCACCACCACCACCACCUCCUCCUACUGCAGCCAGGACUCUCUCUGCUCAGACCACCAGAUGGUGCUGCCAGAACAUGAUGAAGUGCUGAUGCCAUCGUCCACCCCUCCUGAUGUGCAGAUGGAGUGUCACAGCCAGUCGGCAGCAGUGUUGCAGCAGCAGCAGCAGAUGGACCUGGCGGGCCAAGAGUUCCAGUCAGUACUGGAUGUGAGCAGCCUGCUGAAGCUCAACGCUGCUGGAGACCACAUGAAGGACGACCGAGAGGCAGCUGUCGACCUAAUUGAUGAGCUAAUGUCCACUGACGGAAUAGACUACAGCUUCAACCUGGACGACAACGAGGGAGUUUGUGACCUGUUUGAUGUGCAGAUCCUCAAUUACUGAUGACUCACAGCGCCUCGGCUGUACGCUUAUACAAUCUCAGGAGGCACCUUUUGCCUCUCUCUCUAAAGACGCUUCAAAGAUGCCUUUUCACAUUUUUGUUAUAAUUGCACAGCUGAUACUCAAACAUACCAUUGAAAUCUUAAAAAAAAGCCUUUACACAUGUUUAGACUUCACUGCUGGCUGCCAGACAGUUUACGACACUUGCUGUUUGCCCUCAGCCAACAUAAUUAAUUUAGCAUGAGAUAUUUAUGAAGCCACAAGUCAUUAUUUGUCCAAUUUAAUGGUUUACUGGGUAAAUAUCAUUCAGAGAAAUUAGCUGCCCAGUGGAAGUAAGCCAGGACAAAUCCUUCAGCCUCCUACUGCACUUUUGUGUGUGCAUAUUUUUGUAUUUUUCCACAUCCAGUGGAAAUCCUGAGACUUGACGACUGUUUUACUUUCUGUUUAUGACCAGUUGGGAUUGUGAGAGUGUUUUCCUUCAGUUGAUAAUCACAGUAACAAUUCAGUAUUGGCUUUUUUUCUUUCUAACAUUUGAUACAGGGUUGAUGAUCUAGUUCAGGGUGUGUAAGUAACUUUCUUUAAAAAAGCAUAUUGUGUAAAAACUUACCCAAUUCCAUAGUUAUAUUUGAUAAAAGGGCAUAUUGUAUUUAAUGAGUGGAUGUUUAGGUUACCUUUUGUGACCUUGUUCUCAUGUGAAAAUGCCAGAAAGAUUUCUUUUCUAAAUUAAUGUGACACUGCCAUUUUAGGCCUCUAAAUUUUUGUUUUUUAAAAUGUUUUAUAUAUAAUUAGUUAUAUAUUUGAAUAAUAAAUAUUUUUUAUUUAACUUAAGAAAAAAAUAUACUUUGUUCUAGUUUGUUGAAAGUGAAGCUGGUUGACUGCCUUAAUUGUAAUAAGAAGUGAAUUAGCCAUAUUUCUGAUCUGGAAUAUCAGAUGUUAAGAGCCCUAAGUGGUAUUUUUGUAUAUUUAUUGUUUUCUUUGAUUACAAGAGGUCAUGUUUUUGUGACAUUUUGUUGUUUAUUUGCACAUUUUUGAAAGUUUUUUCAAUAAAUGGAUUUAAUCUUGAUUUACAAA